UGAAUAUUCGAUGACGCCACCUGCUAAAUAUUGAAAUCACUCAACAGAAUUUUAUAAUGAAUAAUAAUGAAUUGUUUAUGAACGACACAUUCGACAAUUUCACAUUUGUUGAAACCGAACAAUUGUUAUCGAAAAAAGAAAGUGAGAAAGCACAAAAUAACACACAAGAUAUUUUGUUGGAUGAUUCAUGUUUUUUAACCCAACCCGACCAAAACAAGAAAAAUGAACAAAAUUCGUGGAGCGAAGACUUCUUUUCCACCACAGAUUUUGCUUCACAACAUUCACCAGCUAACAAGCAGAAAGUAUCUUCUGAAUCUUCUGAAGAGGAACCGACUGGUCAAACAGUUAUAAACAAAAACAGUGACAACAAUAAUCAAAUACAAAUAAAUACGGUUUUUUCUUCAUCUGAAAGUAAUGAAAUUAAUUUUUGUUCAAUUGACUUUUCUGAGUCCUUCGAACUGGACAGUGUUAAAAUAAAUGUUGAUUACAAAAUAAGCGAUAGUGAAAGUGGAAAAGUUAUUUGUGAUGGAAUUGGGGACAAAAGUGCUGAGAUUUUAAGUGCUUUGUGCUGUGAUAAUGUUAAUAGUACAUUUGUGGUUUGUAAUAAGAAAGUGCGAGAGAAGUUUUCUAGUCAACCAGGUACAAAAAAUACUAAUCCUAAUAAUUUGAAAUGUAAUCAGAAUGUACUUUCUGAAAAACGUAAACAUUCCGAAUCAGACAAUGAAGAUGAACCAAAUAGGAGAGUAAAAAGUCCAAAACUUAUAGAGGAUGAAAUUUUAAAGCCAAAUAAUGAAAAAUAUAACUUUCCUAAUGUUAAAACUGCAGUAACAUGUUGUGAUAAAAUAAGCCAAGGACCAAGUAAAGAUGAAGUACAAACAAAAAAAUAUACUGAUAAAAGACUGCAUUUUUUAGAUAAUGAAAAUAUUGAAAAAACAAAUUAUGAUGAUAAUGAAAAAGACAACAUUGAUAAUGUUGAAGAUAAAAGCCAAAUUUGUUUAAAAAUUAAGACUGCAAAACCCACAGAUGAUUAUGCAAAACUUGAAGAAAGUAAUGAUAAUAAAACAUCACCAAAUAUUAUUGUUAAUAUUGAUAAUAAUGUGAAAAACAUUAAUUCGCAACAAAGUCAUGAAAAUGAUAACCCCCAAAAAAAAAUAUUUUUAAAAGGUGAUCCGAUACAAUUAUCAUCUUGGGGACUUCCAGAGAUCGUUUUAGAAAAAUACAAAGCUCGCCACAUAGAAAACAUGUUCGAGUGGCAAGUAGAAUGUCUGAGCAACAAAAAAGUUAUAGAAUCCUGUUCAAAUUUAAUUUAUUCAGCGCCAACAUCAGCGGGAAAAACAUUAGUUUCGGAAAUAUUGGCCAUAAAAACGAUAUUUGAACGACAGAAAAAGGUUAUUUUCAUCCUGCCGUUUGUGUCCAUCGUCCGCGAAAAAAUGUACUACUUCCAAGACAUAUUGGGAAGUAGUGGGAUCAGAGUUGAGGGAUUUAUGGGUUCUUACAAUCCACCUGGGGGUUUUCAAGCGGUACAAAUGGCAAUUUGUACCAUGGAAAAAGCUAACAGCCUUAUUAACAGACUUUUGGAAGAAGGAAAGUUAGGGGAUAUCGGGGCGAUUAUCGUAGAUGAAAUGCAUUUAUUGGGUGACAUCAGCAGAGGAUAUUUAUUAGAAUUGUUACUGACCAAAUUAAAAUACAUUUCGUUGCACGAUCCUGAUAUUAAAAUACAAAUAAUCGGAAUGUCUGCCACUUUACCUAACUUAAGCACUUUGGCCAAAUGGUUGGAUGCAGAAUUAUACACCACAACAUUCCGUCCGAUUCCUCUGGAAGAACUUGCUCAUGUUUCUGGCGAAAUUUAUAACACAAAAUUCGAAUUAAUCAGAAAAAUUGAACCUUUACAAGACGUUGGAGCAGACACAGACAAUAUUUUGCGACUUUGCCUAGAAACUGUAAAAACGAGUUGUUCAGUCCUGAUUUUUUGUCCGACGAAAAACUGGUGUGAAAGUUUGGCUCAACAAAUAUCAGUUGCGUUCCUUAAACUUGGCAAAUCAAAAACCGAUUUAGGCAACAUGUUAAGAGAUGAAUUGAAGCCAAACAUGAUUAUAGAAGUUAUGGAACAACUAAAGUAUUGUCCUGCUGGUUUGGACGAUGUACUCAAAAAAACUGUGUCGUUUGGAGUAGCUUACCAUCACGCUGGUCUUACCAUGGAAGAAAGAGACAUAAUUGAAGGAGGCUUUCGUAGUGGAGCCAUUAGAGUUCUUAUCGCCACUUCUACGUUGUCUUCAGGUGUGAAUCUUCCAGCUAGGCGAGUCAUUGUGAGAUCUCCCACAUUCCAUGGUAAACCCAUAGAUGUUUUGACGUACAAACAGAUGAUAGGACGAGCAGGAAGAAUGGGAAAGGAUGAAAAAGGAGAAAGUAUUUUGAUUUGUCAGAAAAACGACUAUCAAAUCGCCAAAGAACUAAUGCAGGCACACUUGAAGCCUGUAUGUAGUUGUCUUGAAGGUGCCGGAAAAUUGAAACGUGCUAUUCUGGAAGUUAUAACAAGCAAAGUUGCUACGUCUCCAGAAGACGUCAGUUUAUUUACAAAUUGCACCUUAUUAGCUGUUGAAAACGAAGAGCAAUCCGAACAUUUGGAAAACCCUAUAGAAGAGGCUGUGAAUUUCCUCCGAAACAACGAGUUUAUUAAGUUACAAGCCUCAGAGAACGGUACACAAAAGUAUGUUGCCACAUCGCUUGGAAAAGCUUGUCUGUCUUCAUCAAUGGCACCGGAUGAAGGACUCGCCCUUUUCACCGAACUGGAGAAAGCCAGACAGUGUUUCGUACUGGAAACUGAGCUGCACCUAAUUUACUUGGUUACCCCGUACAGCGCGUGUCAUUCCUGGGGCAACAUAGACUGGAUGUUCUACCUCCAACUGUGGGAGAGACUUCCCGCCAGCAUGAAACGAGUGGGAGAACUCGUAGGCGUCCGCGAAUCAUAUCUAGUAAAUGCAACGCGUGGACAAAUCCAAACCCAAACCAAUAAGCAGUAUCACAAACUUCUGAUACACAAGAGAUUUUUCGUGGCUUUGGCCCUGCAGGAUUUGGUGAACGAGAAAACUUUGGGAGAGGUUUGCGCGAAGUUCAACUGCAACAGGGGCAUGUUGCAGUCUUUGCAACAGUCGGCGUCUUCUUUUGCUGGUAUGGUUACCGCUUUUAGCAAACAGCUGGGUUGGACAAGCGUUGAAAUACUCAUAUCCCAAUUCCAAGAUCGUUUGCAGUUCGGUGUUAGUCGUGAUCUGUUGGAUCUAAUGCGUUUGCCUAUUCUUAAUGGGAAAAUCGCUCGGGCCUUGUACAACGGUGGUAUGGAAACUUUGAUACAAUUGGCGAAUUCUGAUGUUAUGACGAUAGAGAACACUUUGAACACUGUUAUGCCGUUUGAAAGAGAAAAGGAACGUGAAGGUGAGAGUGAAUACGAAGCUAGGCGGAGAAAUAAAAUCAAGAAUGUUUGGAUAAGUGGUAGAGAAGGUUUGACCGUACGCGAAACUGCCGAAAUAUUAAUUCAUGAUGCCAGGAACUACUUGAAAAUGGAGAUGGGUCUUGCUGACGCCAAAUGGGAGCAUCAGAAUGAAGCAGAGAAACUGAAUAAUAAAGAACAGGAACAGAGGAAAAUAGAUGGUACUUUACACCAAGAAUCAUCGAAUCAUGACAUAGGGGAAGAUAAAGAACAAAAUUUUAAUGAACAACAACAUGAAAAUAAUGUCGACAAAAGCCAAGACAAAGAGAAUCAUGACAUUGGGGAAGAUAAAGAACAAAAUCUUAAUGAACAACAACAUGAAAAUAAUGUCGACCAAAGCCAAGUCAAAGAGGAGAAUUUAAUCUGUGAUUAUAAGGAUGUUGAAUCAGAUUCUUCUCAAUUCAGCGUCUUUAAUGAAAGUUUUACUCUUCAGUUAAGCUCUGACAGUCUCACAGAAGAUAAUUCACCAGCACAAACGGAUAAACAGGAGGUAGAAAUUAAAAAUGUUUGUUCUGCUUUGGAGACCCUUAUAAAUGAAUCUAAUAACAUGAACAUGUCUGAUGAUAUUUUUACCGAGUCGUUUGAUGAAAGCAAGUCUCCCUUGAAUAAAAUAUCCAGAACGAAUUUAAAUGAUGCUGUCACUGAUGCAAAUAUGCCCAAACAGAAAAUUGUAACAAAAAAUAUCAACCUACCAUCAUGUUCCAAAACUAACGUGACAUAUAUUGAAGAUGCAAUUGAGAAAUUUUCUAUUAUCGAUGUGUGUGGGAAUGACAUCUUGUUCGAGAAAUUUUGUGGCGACCUUCUUUGUGUUAGCUCUUUCUCUUUAUCUGUAGGAUGCACUGAAACUGAAGAAGAUGGCAAAGAGGUUAAAAAAGUCGAAGGAAUUGCCAUUUCCUGGGGAGACACCGUAGUUUACUAUUUAUCCUUGGAGAAUCAUCUGAAACAAAGAGUGCUCCAACUCUUGAAAACCGUCAUCGAAGACCGAACCCUCAACAUUAAAAUCUUCGAUUGCAAGGAACAAGUGAAGUGCUUGAAAAAGUAUUGUAACCUGGAUAUCUAUGGAGACAUGGAGGAUCCAAAAAUUGCUGAUUGGCUUUUAGAGCCUGAGGAGGCUGAGAAAAAUUUGGACAACUUGGCUAUGUUAUAUUAUCCGCAAGUGGCGUCAGUGUUAAAGUUACUGGGAACCAGAAAAGGAGUAGGUAGUGUAGGUUUGGAAGUUCGUACCGCCAUCCAUUCUAAAUUAAGAUGUUGUGUGGAGUCGUUAGUAACUUGGUACGUUUCGGACGCUUUAAAAAGUUUGUUACUUGAAAAAAGCGCACAAUUUUUGAACGUUUAUGGUACAGUUAAAAAAGGCAAAUCGAAUUGUUGUUAUUUUGUGGUGAUUUUAGGGGUGGAAAUGAAAUGUUGUUUGCUGCUGGCUAAAAUGGAAAUUGCUGGAAUGGGCGUAAGUCGUGUCAAAUUACAGAAACUUGCGGAUGAUUUAAGGCAACAGAUGGAGAAUAUUGAGAGGAAAUGUUUUUCGUUGACCGGAAGAAGAUUUUCAUUAUCAUCUCCAAUCGAGGUUUCCAGAAUUUUAGGCAUGCACAAAGGCAAAAAAGUAAGUACCCGAAAAGAAGUACUAGAAAAAUGCGACCAUCCAGUAGCAGGUCUCAUUAUCCAGUGGAGGAAAAUCAGUUUUACAAUGACCAAAGUCAUUUACCCCUUUAUUCAAACUGCGAAAGUUGAUCGCCUUUUUGGCUGUUACAUAACUCAUACAGCUACAGGGAGAAUAACCAUGCACGAACCGAAUAUACAGACCAUACCGAAAAACUUCGAUAUAGUUAACCCUUUGACCAAAGAAACUUGUGUGAUGAGUUGCAGAACCGCUUUUGCGGCUGCUGAAAACUGCAGUUUGGUGUCUGCUGAUUGGUGUCAGUUAGAACUGAGACUGUUGGCUCAUCUUUCCCAGGAUAAAAUCUUGAAGAAAAUCAUGAACAGUCCCGGAGACGUUUUCAAAUCCGUUGCCAGUAAAUGGUACAACGUCAGUGAAUCUGAUGUGGAUGAUAAGUUAAGGCAGAACGCCAAACACAUUUGCUACGGAAUAAUUUAUGGAAUGGGCUACAAAACGUUGGCGGAACAACUGAGUAUCUCCGAGGAGGAUGCUAUGGAAUUUAUGGAGUCGUUUAAAAAUGCGUAUCCGGGUGUUCAAGUAUACAUACAGAAAACUAUAGAGGAAUGUAAACGUAAUGGAUAUGUUGAAACUAUAUCUGGAAGGAGGCGGUAUCUUGCUCACAUUAAGGAUUCCAACGUUGUGUUGAGAGGUCAGGCAGAACGUCAAGCGGUUAACACAACUAUUCAAGGAUCAGCUGCAGAUAUGGCGAAAAAAGCAAUGAUAACAAUUGAUGAGAAACUCAUCAAAACAUUCUGCAAGUCAAAACUCAAACCUAAUCUAGUCUUACAUCUACACGAUGAACUUAUUUACGAAGUGCCCACAAAAUAUAUCCACAAAGUCGCAAAAAUUGUGAAGAAUAGCAUGGAAAACGCUGUAAAAUUGACCGUACCUUUUCCGGUCAAACUCCGCGUUGGACUUUCUUGGGGCGAAUUAACUGAAUAUAGUUUGUGAUAUUUUAGCUUAUUAUUUUAACUUUAUUGUAACUUAUUAUAUUUUACAUCACUUGAAUUCUUUAAGUAAUUAUACUUCUGGUUAUUAGUGCACAAUAUACAUUUUAAUAUU